AGAUUCAAAUCACAAAAAAAUGCCACUGCCCAAACGUUCUAUUGAGCCGGUGCAUGUGGCCCGUUCUGUCUAUCAACAGGAUGAAUUACAAUCUGUGGAAUUGGAAACGGUGACAAAUACAACGCUGACCAAUAUUAUACGUCAGCUAUCGUCACUCUCCAAACAUGCCGAAGAUGUUUUUGGUGAGCUGGCCCGUGAUGUGGGCAAUAUUGGUGAUCGUGCCAAUUCACUGCAAGCUCGUAUCGAUCGUUUAGCCAUUAAGGUAACGCAAUUGGACAGUACCGUCGAGGAGGUACCACUUACAGAUAUUACACGAAAGAAAGCUUUUAAAUCUGCCAAAAAUUUCGAUCAACAAAUAUUCUCUCGAGCCACUAUGCCAGCACCAAUGCUCGAAACCUAUGCACAAUGUGAUAAACCACCACCGUUGGAUAAACUCAAUAUUUAUCGCGAUGACGGCAAGGAUGGCCUCAAAUUCUACACAGAUCCAAAUUAUUUCUUUGAAUUGUGGCGUCAGGAAAUGCUGAAGGACACGGAGCGGGUAAUGCACGAUAAGGGCAAGAAAAUGCAUAAGCCGCGACAGGAUGGCGGUGCCAGUGGACGUGGUCACAAGAAACGGGUGCGGACGCCGCACAAUACCCGAGAGAAACAACGACAAAUUGCUAUUGGUCAUGGGGAGACUUUAAUGCCAAAUAAUGUUAUUUAUCGUACCCCAAAUUCGGUGGUUAAUGAGGAAGCUGGUUAUGGUAGUAUGGGCAUUUACGAUACACGACCACCAAGGCCAAACUCUAUCGAAUUACGACGCAGUUAUCAAUCAGAGCAAAUUGAUGGCGUUUAUGGUCCCCUGUCGCCUCAGACGGCUGGCCAAAUGAUGGCAAAUGCCCAAGGUGGCGGCAGUCAAUAUGCCACCACUGGUUAUCAGGGUAUGGCUGGUGGUAUGCAACAACAACAGCAGCAUGCUCAUGCUCAACAAAUGUAUGAAGAUGCCUUAUACCAUCAGUCACAAGGUUUAUAUGGGCAAACAGGAGGACAGGGCGGACCAAUGUCACCCGAACCUAUUUAUGCGCCGGGUACACCAUCACGCACCAAACCACGACCCUCAGUACCACCACCAGCACCACCGGGCGGCAGUAAUGGCGGUACACCAACAGCAUCGAAUGCUAAUACACCAACACGAGGUCGCAGUAUGUCAACAAGUCGUGAUGCCCUGCCGCCACCACCACCCAUACCCGAUGGUAUGGUCAAUACAAAUUCACCAUCACAAAUGUUAGCGGCCAUGAAUGGGGGUAUACCACCGGGUGGUAGUGGUCAUAUUGCAGCGAAAUUAUUGGCACGUACCAAUAGCACAUCGAGAGCUGGCUCUCCACAAUUGGCAACAGGCAACAGUGUGCAAGAUGCUAAUGCCAUGGUUAUGGCUCAAUUAAAUAAUACCAUUAACAGUUUCAAUACAAUGAGUUUGGGUGGUGGUGGUCAAAUGAAUUCACUGAAUGAUUUGCCUCCACCACCGCCGGUGCCAGAUCAGCAUGAACCAAAGUUAUCACCACCUAAUUCUGCGCCACCACCGCCGCCUCCACCACCACCACUAGAUGAAAAUGGUGGUACAUCACCCAUACAGACGCAAGCACCACAUCAAAUUAUGCCAAAACCUUUGCCCAAUGGUGAUAUACAAACGAAUGGUCUUAAGCAUAUACCCAAGAAAAUAUUGCCACCAUUCCAUGAUACGCGAUCGGAUCUAAUGAAAUCUAUACGUGAUGGCAUUACACUGCGUAAAGUUGAGAAAUCGGAACAAAAAGAAAUUGAACGUAGCACUGGUCUGCAUGAUGUCGCUUCCAUAUUGGCCAGACGUGUGGCAAUUGAAUUAUCCGAAUCCGAAGAAUCAGAAUCGGAUGAUGACAGUGAAGGUUGGAUGGAACCAAAUGAGACUUCUGCUUGAUCCCUUAUGUCUUCUUUAAUACCUGAAAAAAUCAAAAAGAAAAAGUAAACGAA